AUGAACCGUUUUGGUGCUAUGCUCAAUCGCGCGUACAAUCCCACUUCUCUCGGUGCCGGAUGGGCCAAAUUUACAUCUUUGCUGCAACACUUUGUCCCGCCGUUCAUCGGCCGUUUCCGUGGCGAGGCCAGCCUCGUGAGUUGCCUCGAUGCCAGUGUACAUCUGGAGUUGGGAUGCUACUUCGAGUAUAUGGCCCAACUUGCCGCAGUUGACUCCACUUUCUGGGUGGCGGGCGGCUCCCCAAUCUUUCCAGAGGUCAGGAGCACUGUUAAGCCAAAGAAGAGGUUCCAACCUGAUCGUGCUGCCAAGAAGGAUCGCCAAGAGUAUCCUGAGAAUGUGCAUGGUCGCCUUUUUGGAGAUGUGAAGCUAUCGUACAAGUUCAUGUCUACGUGGAGAGCUGCUGCUGUCACCCUUCCUACUGCUGAUAGCGAGACCUCGAUGGAGUACAAGAAGGCUCUCGCACAAGUCAAGCAUUACAUGCGCAUAGUUGGUGAAGAACCUGCUGUGAAGCGUGGUUGCCGCUACGGAUAA